AUGGCGACCAAAAAGACCGACAUUCUGGAGAAGUUGGAGUCCAGCCUGAAAGGGGCUAAAUUUAGAAUACUGAACGAGGUUUUAUACAGGAAAGAGCACAAAGACAUGAACCCCGAGCUGUUUAGGAAGUACCACGAGGGGUACAAAGAGCAGGUGGCUAAGUGGCCGUUUAAUCCCGUGGACAAAAUAGUCAAGCAGCUGGUGAAGACAGACGCAAACUUUGUCAUCGCUGACCUGGGAUGCGGCGAGGCAAAGAUAGCAAAAAGGUUCAAAGAAAGAACAAUACACUCUUUUGACCUUGUUAAGCCAGAGAAUGACAGAUACAUAACUGCGUCAGACAUAAGAAACCUUCCGCUUGAGAAUGAGUCGGUGGAUGUGGCGAUCUUCUGUCUUUCUCUUAUGGGAGAAGACGCAUCGGCGUACAUACAGGAGGCGUAUAGGAUAAUGAAGCCUGGAGGCGUGCUGAAGAUAGUCGAGGUGCGCAGUAGAAUACAGAAGAUAGACCACUUCGUGCGCCCCAUGGCUGUGCACGGGUUCAACCUCCUGACAAAAGACCUGGAAAGCAACUUUUUCUGUUUCUUUGAUUUCAAAAAAUCAUCCAAGAAGAGUAAGUCCCUCCCUGCCAUUCCGCUAAAGUCCUGUGUCUACAAGAAAAGAUAG